AUGGCGGAUACAACUGCUAAAACAAAAUUCGAUGCUGCUGUAAAAGUGAUCCGUGGAUUGCCCAAGAAUGGCACAUUUCAACCGUCUCAUGAAUUGAUGUUGAAAUUUUAUGGUUUUUAUAAACAGUCAACUGAAGGACCCUGUACACAGAGUAAACCUGGAUUCUGGGAUGUGGUGAACAAAGCAAAAUGGGAAGCUUGGAACAAGUUGGGAGAUAUGCCUAAAGAAGAGGCCAUGCUGAGUUAUGUUGAUGAGUUAAAAAGUAUUAUAGAAGCCAUGCCCCAAACGAAAGAAGUUGGACAUUUUCUGGAUAAAUUAGGAUUUUUCUAUGAAGUGGUGGAUGAGAAAGAUGAAGUACGGUCAUCUUCCAUGAAGAAAUUAGGUAAUGGUGAUAUACAACAUGAUGGCCAGGAUAGUGAGGGUGAAGAACAAGAAAUAGAAACUGAAUCUAAUGUGUCAUGGAAUCAAGACGCAGAAUUAGAUCCAGAUUUUAACCAUUCGACUGCCGUAGAAGAAAUAAUGAGGAAGUCAGAGUUUAUAAAUGGUAACCAGAAACAUAUCACAGUCUCAGAAUAUCAGACAACUCAUAGUAAAGUUUCUUUUGAUAAUCAGCGUCCUAAUAUAAAUUGUAAGAGAGAAGAAAUACAUGUGAAUGGAGGAAUGAAUGGAGUGGAAGAAAGUGGUAGUGAAUCAGAUGAAUUCUGUGAUACAUCAGAUGAACCAAUUCAGGACCCAGUAGUGAAUGGAGAUAUCAGUAUGCAGCUCAAUACUUCAACUCCCAUAUCAAAAACAGGACACCAUGUUAGAUUCAGUGAUGUUGUUGACACGCCAGUUCUUCAUUCAAAUCAAACUUCAAGAAACUCUCAGCAUCGUGAUCUCCGUCUUGGACUAUUGUCAAACUCCGUGCCUUUUGCUGCUAAAACUAAAAAAGAAGCAAUGCUCUCAGACAGUCUACUAGUAAAUGCAACAUCGAAUGACUCGUUGAACCUGUCUACAGAUAGUCAGUUAGGUGUUAGUCUUCAUCAUCCAGACAACAGUAUUUUAAACCAAUCAGAAUGUGAAUCUGUGAUGUCAAGGGGAGGUGGAAAUGUUCAGAAAGGUCAAGGGUCGUUCCCUGUAUCAUCAGAUAGUUUCAAUGAUUCUGUCGGCAGUAGAGGGAAUAGCGGAAAUGUUUCUGGAAGUAGACGUGGGUUAUUUAAUACUAAUUCAGGGGGGUCAGGUGAAGAUGGUGAUGACGUUCUAAGAGGUCGUAACUAUAGUGAUUUAAAUGAACAAAUAGCUGUAGCCUUGGUGAGAUUACAACAAGAUAUGAAUGGUGUCUUAUCCAGGUUGACCAAUUUAGAGGCCAUGACAGAAAGACAAAAUCAGGAACGUGAAAGGAAAGAACUUCAGAAAAAGUCUCAAUGGUGGCCUUUUGGUAAUCUUUCCAAAAGAACGGCAGCUUUUAUAUUUGUUUGGCCUUUCGUAGCACAUUUUAUUAUAGCUUUAGUUUGCAAGAGAAAAAGGUAUCAUUGGUUUUGA